AACUGCCAGAAAACCGCAGACGCAACGGUGGUUUUGGUCGUCGACAUCAGAAAUUCUUCCAUUAGCGGCAGCCAUCGAUUUUGGAGCUUAAACCUGCAGCGCCUGCGACCUUAAACCUAAAAUCGCAAUCGAAGCAAAACCACAAAGAAUUGAAGAGGGAGAAAUACGAUUGACACUGUUGAAGCCUUUCAUCGAACAUUUGCAGUGCACCGUGUUGUUGAGCGCCGGCGUCGUUUUAGGUUCAGACAUUGCACCCGCCUACUCGAAUACCGUAAGAACUCGCCGUCGGAGAUAUGGACGCCGUGGUGGUUGAAGCUGGAACUAAGCCUCCUUCUACGUUGCUUUCGGAGAAGGAUGAUCCGUCAAACAUUGAUGAGACUAGUGAUAAGAAGCUAGUCCGGAAUAUAUGCAUCCUCGCACAUGUUGAUCAUGGGAAGACCACCCUUGCAGACCAUUUGAUUGCUUCUUAUGGCGGGGGAGUGCUUCAUCCAAAGCAAGCUGGUAAACUUAGGUUCAUGGAUUAUUUGGAUGAGGAACAGCGGCGUGCUAUAACUAUGAAGAGCUCAUCCAUUGGUCUGCAGUUUAAAGAGUAUUCUGUUAAUUUGAUAGAUUCACCAGGUCACAUGGAUUUCUGCAGUGAGGUAUCUACAGCAGCUAGGUUGAGUGAUGGUGCACUAGUAUUGGUGGAUGCAGUGGAAGGUGUCCACAUUCAGACCCAUGCUGUACUGCGUCAAGCAUGGAUUGAGAAGUUAACUCCAUGUCUGGUUCUGAAUAAGGUGGAUCGUCUCAUAUCCGAGUUAAAAUUGAGUCCCAUGGAAGCUUAUACUAGAUUAUUGAGGAUUAUCCAUGAGGUUAACGGGAUAGUUAGUGGUUACAAGUCUGAAAAGUACUUAUCUGAUGUGGAUUCCUUGCUGUCAGUUGCUCCAUCUGGUGAUGCAAGUGAUGUAGGUGGUGAGAAUCUUGAGCUUUUGGAGGAUGAUGAGGAGGAUGCCUUUCAACCUCACAAAGGAAAUGUUAUAUUUGCUUGUGCCCUCGAUGGUUGGGGUUUUGGGAUUAGCGAUUUUGCAGAGAUCUAUGCUUCUAAGCUUGGGGCAAGUGCAGCUACAUUACAAAGGGCACUAUGGGGCCCUCGUUACUUCAAUCCCAAGACUAAGAUGGUUGUGGGCACGAAAGGGAUAAGCAAUAUUGCAAAGGCAAGGCCUAUGUUCGUGCAAUUUAUUCUGGAGCCACUGUGGCAGGUGUAUCAGAGUAGUUUGGAAACAGAUGGAGAUAGAGGAUUGAUUGAGAAGGUUAUCAAAAACUUUAAUUUAUCUAUUCCUUCACGCGAGCUACAAAAUAAGGAUCCUAAAGCUGUGCUUCAAGCUGUAAUGAGCCGUUGGCUUCCAUUGGCCAAUACCAUCUUAUCUAUGGUGGUGAAGUGCAUGCCUGACCCUGCUUCUGCUCAGUCUUUUCGGAUAUCAAGGCUGCUGCCUAAAAGAGACAGUUCUGACAACGUGGAUUGUUCUGAUGUGCUUUCUGAGGCAGAACUUGUGAGAAAAUCUGUUGAAGCUUGUGAUUCAAGUCCCACAGCACCAUGCGUUGCAUUUGUUUCUAAGAUGUUUGCUGUGCCAAUGAAGAUGCUUCCUCGUGGGGAGAUUUUGAACAAUCCUGCAGAUGAUGGAGAUUCUGGAGAGUGCUUCCUUGCAUUUGCCAGGAUCUUUAGUGGGGUUCUCUGUGCCGGGCAGAGGGUUUUUGUGCUUUCUGCUUUAUAUGACCCUCUGAAGAUGGAAGCAAAGCAGAAGCAUCUCCAAGUAGCCGAGCUCCAAUCGUUAUAUGUAAUGGCCGGGCAAGGAUUGAAACCAGUUAUCUCUGCAAAGGCAGGGAAUAUCGUUGCCAUACGAGGGCUUGGUCAGCACAUAUUGAAGAGUGCUACUCUAUCAUCUACAAUUAAUUGCUGGCCUUUCUCCAGUAUGGUAUUUCAAGUUGCACCCACACUUAAGGUUGCAAUUGAGCCAUCUGAUCCUGCUGACAUGGGUGCACUCAUGAAAGGAUUGCGGCUUUUAAAUCGCGCGGACCCUUUUGUCGAGGUCACCGUUUCUGCUAGAGGGGAGCAUGUUCUUGCUGCAGCUGGAGAAGUUCAUCUGGAGAGAUGUGUAAAGGAUCUGAAGGAGAGAUUUGCUAAGGUGAACCUGGAAGUAUCUCCCCCCCUUGUCUCUUAUAUGGAGACAAUUGAGGGUGAGAUAACUAAUCCUUUGGAGAAUCUGAAGUUCUUAAGCGGAAACUCUGACUAUGUAGAGAAAACAACACCAAACGGUAGGUGUGUCGUUCGUGUACAAGUCAUGAAACUUCCCCCACCUCUUACCAAGUUGCUCGAUGAAAGUUCUGAACUGCUGGGAGAUAUAAUUGGAGGCAAAUCUAAACAGGCUUUGAAAAGCUUGGAGACCUUGAGGGGAAGCAUUGUAGAAGAUGAGAAUCCAGUUGAAGCAUUAAAGACAAGGAUGACGGAUGCUAUAGAGAGUGAUCUUUCCUCUGCAGAUGCUGAGAUGGAUAGAGACCGAGUUGAGAAAUAUAGAGUAUUGUGGAAGAAAAUUUUCAGGAGAAUUUGGGCAUUGGGCCCUAGACAAGUUGGUCCCAACAUUUUGGUCACUCCAAGCAGAGGAAAGACCAUGGAGGGUUCUGUUCUGUUGCAGGGGUCUCCUUAUGUGUCGCAUAGAUUAGGUCUUCACGAUGUAGGUGAAAGCAAGGAUGCGUCGACAGAUUCAUCAUCUGUGGCUGAUGACAUGUUGCUAAGGGAAGUAGAAUCUCUAGAGAGCAGUGUUUUAUCCGGAUUUCAGCUGGCUACUUCAGCCGGUCCUUUGUGUGAGGAACCUAUGUGGGGUUUGGCAUUUGUCAUUGAAGCUUUCGUAUCUCCCAUUGAGCGGCAUUCACCUGAGGAUAAUUCUUCUUCCCAUCAACCAGAACCAUAUGGUGUUUUCACAGGUCAAGUUAUGACAACGGUUAAGGAAGCUUGCAAAGCAGCUGUGCUUCAGAGAAAACCGAGGCUUGUUGAAGCGUUAUACUUCUGUGAACUGAAUACCCCAACUGAGCAUCUGGGCUCCAUGUAUGCAGUACUUGCUCGUAGGCGAGCUAGAGUGAUCAAGGAAGAAAUGCAGGAAGGGUCACCGCUGUUCACUGUGCACGCAUAUGUUCCCGUUGCAGAAAGCUUUGGUUUUGCAGAUGAGCUGAGAAGAUGGACAUCCGGAGCAGCAAGUGCACUACUUGUUUUCAGUCACUGGGAAAUGCUUCCAGAGGAUCCGUUUUUCGUCCCCAAAACAGAAGAGGAAAUCGAAGAAUUCGGAGAUGGGGCUAGUGUUCUUCAGAACACUGCCAGGAAGCUCAUUGAUGCUGUGAGGAGGAGGAAGGGUCUUCCUGUAGAGGAAAAAGUGGUCCAACAUGCAACCAAGCAGAGGACUUUAGCUCGUAAAGUGUAGAAGUUCGAAACCGUUGCAUCACACACUGGUAGAGUGCGAUUCAUUAAAGUUUUGUUGUUGUACAUCCUAUCGUUUCCAAACAAUGUUUUUGACAGAUGAGUAAAGUGGGAUAUAUGAUAAAAACAAUUUUGAGAUUGAUGUUAUUUUUUCCCUAUAGCAAAUGAAGUGGUGUUUUGUAUUUUGAAA